AUACAACAGCUACUAACCCAAUACAGAGCUGCAGAGAUGGCUUUUACCCAGCUGAAUGCAGAAGUUUGCACCCAUAUAACUAUCUUCUGAACAUUCAAAGUGUCUAGUCUUUUCCUCAGGAACACAUUUAAUUUUUGGUUAAAUAAUAUGGAAAUAAAGUGGAUAAAGGAGAGCAGUGAGAUGAAUUACAUGCCCAAGAACAAAAAUUUCAUAAAACUUUAUGGAAGUUUCAUAAAAUAUCAUAAAUUUCAUUAAAUUUCACAAAACUUCCUAUCAUUUCAAAUAGCUGUUUGGUUGCCAAGCUUAUGAUACAACAGCCAGCUUGAAACAUUUCUUUUAUAACCACCUCCCUUCCCUUGCUUCUAUUUAUUCUACCACUGUAUAAAUUUCACACAUUUCUUUGAGAGAUGAUUGCUACAAACAGAAGCACUACAUAAAAGGACAUCUGAGCAUUAUGAACAUAUCUGAAAGGCUUUAGGUAGGAUGGUGACAAUAAGCAAACAGAAUUUUGUGAUAUGGGAUUUGAAUGCACUGCGGAAGUAGUAAAAUCUUUCAGGGCAUCAGAACUGCACGACCAAAUCAAAAACCCCAGUAAACACAAUCCAAGAAACAAUCUUACACUUCAUAUUCUGGUUUCAGAGCAGUACUGACUAUAAGAACCUAUACUGCAUUUAAGAUGUGAAAGCAAUCAUACAUGCCAGGCAUCUUCUAAACGCAAAGUCUAUCUGUCACAUUUUAUAGUCUGGUAAGUAAUCAUAUCAUUAAUUAAGCUAGAAUGAACUUUCCAAAUAUAACAAUACCACUGCAAUAUUCUGAUGUUAAAAUGGAGUCAUUGAUGAUAAAGCACCAAUUUAAAUAAAUAAAAUUUAUUUAUUUAGGAUCAGUUGCUACCUGAAUUAGAAAUGACAUGUAGAUGAAAAGCACAGCUAAUAUCGGUUUGUGCACUGCCUGCUCUGCAAGGCACAGUCUCAUAAUUAGAUGAAAACACUCUCACUAGCCUUAAUAGAUAAAAAUUUUUCCAGUACUGGAAUCUGUAAAAUUAAAGUUCUCACAGCUGAUAACUGCUACACACUUGAAGUCUCUGUUUUUGCAUAGGUUACAGUAGGAAUAGUGUGUGACGUUAGAAUUUCAGUAAUUGUGCUGAGUCAAAGGUCUGUUACAAAACUGCAGUCAGAUUAAAAAUAAUGCAAUAGUCACCAGCUGAGCACCUGAGAUGGCUGUGCAAGAUCAUGUGAACACUGAUGCCUUUAUCUAGGUGAGAAAUACCUUGUAGGUGGUAGUAUUUCCUGAUAAUGAGGGGAAAAAAAGGGCAGCAAUGUGAGAGGAAAGUCAUUAAGCUCGUGUGACAUCCUAAUGGUUUAAAAACACCAAGAAAGCCUGGAGAAGUAACUUACAGAAAAAAUACUUUUCCCAGCUGUUUUGUGGACCCCAUUUCAUAUUUUCAACCUAUUUAAGAGUAAGAAAAAAUUUUGCUGGAACUAAAAAUAAAAUCCCUUUAUGAGGAAAGGUAUGCAGCAAUCAGAGAUACUUCUUCAACUGCAGCCCCAGGAAUUAAAGCAUCCUCUUUUGAAAACUUCCGAUCCGAUGUCCUCAUCUUUUGUGUAUAAUAAACAUCUCUUCUAAAAGGUGAAGGCUUUGAACUGCAGUGAAUCUGCAUUUUUGUUGCUGAUACAAUGGAGGAGCAGAAGAAUUCGCAGAUAAGUGGAACAGUGUAAAAUCAAAAGCAGAAACUGUAAAGCAUUCCUCUUUAUAGCAUGUCACCAUACGAUCUGCAUGGUGCUGUCUUGAUAUUUCUUCUCCUGCUGCCAUGGAACACUUUCAAACGGUCUUUGAAAUCAGAACAGAUCCAGUAAGGAUGAGAUGCUCACAGGUACAUGACAGAAGUGGCAGGUGAAUGUAGAGCCAUCUGGUGCAUGAAGCCCUGACAGAUGUUAUGCAAAAGGUAACUUACACACGUGGAACGUGUGGUUAGUUUCCAUCUCACCAUCUUGGCAGCUGCACCAUGCAACUGUUUUGCUGUUGUCACACAAAGCACUUUUAUUGCUGCACAUACAAGUCUAAAGGAUCUUGCAGUAUCCUAUUCCUGUUUGUACUAGCUCUGUUUCUCUUACUGUGACUCUGCUUUCACCAAGGGCAUCUUUAUGUGCAUAUGCUCAGCUAUAAUACCUGCUUGCUCUUUGUCAUCUGAACAAGGCUGUCUGCUUUAGUGAUUUCCAUUCUAGAAAACCCUAGACCUUGUGAGUUCAAGAUACUGAAGAAUGGAAUUUCCUAGCUUUUUUUUUCUCCAUUCCUUUUGUUUCCUUUAAUUUAUUGUAUUUUUACAUUAUUUGACAUUUUUACAAGUGCAGAAUUUUCCAUAAUUUCAACAGGGGCCUGGCAGGAGUAUGGGAAACAGGAUAACAGCCAAAAUAGCUUUCUAGUACAUUUUGUUGUGGCCUGCAGGUGUUCUGUCUUCACUGGAUGCUAUGCAAGCUUUUCAAACAUCCAGCCAGAAUGGAUAGCUGCCACCUCAAGUAUUUCAGUGUUCUUCCCUCUCAAAAAAAUAUGUUUUUCUGCAUCUGUUGAUCUUCCUGUCCCACUAUUUUGCUCAACAGCAUUAAUCUUCAUCUUUAUUACUGUGAUAAUAAACGCACAAUUAUUGAGUUUAGAAAAAAUAAAUAAAUCCGUUUUCCAAAUAUCUCCAAUAAUCAUUCUAAAAUGAGAUCUGCAGCAGUUGUCUUAUUUCAUACAAAGAUGCAUGUGCACACAUCGACACACAUGCACAUACGUGUGUAAAAACUGCCUAUUUGGGAAAGCAGCAGCAGGACUUAUGAUAACCAGUAAGAGCAGUUUCAUACAGUAAUAGCAAAAAAGGUGGAAAACAACAGAGCCUCCAAGAUCAAACAGUUCGUGUUUUAUCAUAGGGGUUCAAGGUUACUAUUUUAGCAUGCAGAACUUAUUUUAUUUCUGAAAGUAAAUACAUUCAUUUUUAAAAAGCGAACUUUAAAAUUACUUUAAAAGGGAAGAUAUUUGAUUAAACAGUAUCUGUGUAUUUACCUGCAUCAUACAGAGGAAGGCUUAUCCCCCUGCCUAUGAAGAGGUGCUUUCACCAGUUCUCACUAUAGACCUCAAACCUGCCGUGUCCCAGACUGUACAACAGAACUGAAACAAAACCAGCAGCAGAUUAGUUUCAUAACAUGCUGCGUGAUUAGUGUGACCUCUUGUGUUAAACAUGGGAAUAUUCAUUUGGUUAGUCGCAUAAUGAAUCUAUCAAGCCAACAGAUGAAAUACCCACAAGCAAGUAACAGCGGCGUCCUUGCCAGUUCUACUAAUCAACAGGAUGCCAGCAGGAUAUUAAAACUGAGAUUUUUAACUGAUAUAUGUGAAUCAGCUAAAUAAACGCAGGUGUUUCCCUGCAGAGAACGUAACUAUCAUGUAUUUUAGUCCAUCGAGACUUUCUUUGCAAUUGCAAUAAACUGGUGCACAAUCAGAGUAGGUGAAAUUGCAUGACGCUGGCUUGCUGACCUUCAAAUGCAAUAUGCAGACUUACAAACUUUGUAAAAACUCUGCUGUGGUAAACGGGGUUCUGAGCAUUUUAUCUUCUGUUGAGGACAAUAUGUAAGUGAGUACCAUUAAAAAACGUUGAAGACAUGACAUGAACAGAACAGGAAAGAUGAAACCUAGCCUCAUUAACAUCUUUAGCUAGCCUACAGAACACUCUGACAGCAAGUUUGUGCAGGACUUUCAUUUACACAGGGGCACAAGCAUAGGUUCCCUAAGAUUUUCAUUCUUCAGGCUCCAUGUGUUUUGUAUAUCUUUGGAAACACAGACAAAACAGGAUGACUGAGAUGGAACUGAAUCUGUUUUGUUUUCCUCUGACUUCCACAGAGAGCAUCCAAGUACAGUUUAAUAUAACCUCAAAGCACAGAGUAAGUGAGAUAUUCGGAAAGUCCUUCACCAUUCGUGCAAGAAUGUUGGUGGAUUUUUCUUCAGAACUUCACAGUUGAAGAAACGAUGUCUUACCACAAGGCGUUAUGACACCACAUACCACAGAUACUUCUAUUAUGGGUGCUUCUUCCACAACAAUCGAUGCUAUAGUCAGGGAUUUAGAAGCCUUUGGUCACUCUCACCGACCUUUUAAAACCACCGCCGGCAGGACACGGAGCGCGGGGGGGGGGGGAACGCGUCCUCCGGGCCGGAACCGAGCGGGCCGCCGCGUUCUGCUGGACAGCUCCGGGGAGCGGCGCUGCGCCCGCGUUCCGCACACGGCGCAGACGUGAGCGGCGGCAGCGGAGCGGCGCCGGGCGGAGGGAGCCCCGUCCCCGCAGCGGCGCUCCCAGAGCGGGCCGCUCCCAGCGCGGGAGCUCCCGGGCUUCCUCGGCGCGGGGCUCCCCGGGAGGGGCAGAGGGGCGGGGGCAGCCCUCACCUACGGGCGGCGGGAUCCCGGCAGGGGCGGGGCCGAGCGGCCCCAGCGCCGCCCCCCCCCCGCCUCACGCCACGGCCGCUCCCCCCGCAGGUGACGCCAUGCCUGUUGUUUUGGUCCGCCCAACCAAUCGGACGCGGCGGCUGGAUUCUACGGGAGCCGGGAUGGGCCCGUCGUGGCGGCAGCGGGACUCUCCCUUACCGACCAUAACGCAUUGCGCAAGGUGCACCACCGUCCGGUCCUCCUGCGGCUUUAACGGCCCGGGUAUGGAGGCGCCGCGGCACUUCCCGCCGGGCUUCGGCCCCGAGCAGCAGCAGCAGCGCCCGGCGGCGCCGCCGCACUGCCGGCAGAAGCAGGACAAGGCGAGUCUCCUCCUCCAGCAGCAGCAGCAGCAGAGCCCGUGCCUCCAGUGCAACAACUGCGCCUACUACGGGGCUGCGGCGGCGGCGACCGCCGGGGAUAACCUGCCGCUGCUGCUCCGCGCCUCCUCGCCGCUCUCGGGCACCUUCCGCACCCGCUCCUCUCCGCUCUCCUCUGUCGCCUCCUCCAGGCAGGGCAGCCAGCUGAAUGUCAGCGAGCUGCCCUCCUCCAGUCAUGCUGGCGCAGCGAGGCAGCCUUCCCAGCACGCUCCACACCACCAGUGCCACAGCCUGCAGCAGGCAGCGAGCCCCGGCAGCAGCGGCAGCAGCGGCAGCGCCCACCACCAGCAGCAGCAGCAGCAGCAGCAGCCCCAGCAGCGCCGGGAGAGCAAUCCCUUCACCGAAAUAGCCAUGAGCAGCUGCCGGUACAACGGCGGCGUCAUGCGGCCGCUCAGCAACCUGAGCUCGUCCCGCAGGAACCUGCACGAGAUGGACGCUGAGUCGCAGCCGCUGCAGCCGCCGCUCUCCAGCCCCAACGCCGCCGGCCCGGAGGUCGUGGUCUCCAAGCCCGAGCACAACAACUCCAACAACCUGGCGCUCUACGGCCCCGCCGGCCCCGGCCCCGGCCCGGGCGGCCCCAACAACGGCGGGACCAAGCCCACCAAGAAGAAGAACCAGAACAUCGGCUACAAGCUGGGGCACCGCCGGGCUCUGUUCGAGAAGCGCAAGCGCCUCAGCGACUACGCGCUGAUCUUCGGCAUGUUCGGCAUCGUGGUCAUGGUCAUCGAGACCGAGCUGUCCUGGGGCGCCUACACCAAGGAAUCGCUGUAUUCCCUCGCUCUGAAAUGCCUUAUCAGCCUCUCCACGAUCAUCUUGCUCGGACUCAUCAUUGUGUACCAUGCACGGGAGAUCCAGUUGUUCAUGGUGGACAAUGGAGCAGAUGACUGGAGGAUAGCCAUGACUUAUGAGCGUAUUUUCUUUAUCUGCUUGGAAAUACUGGUGUGUGCUAUACAUCCCAUACCUGGGAACUAUACGUUCACAUGGACAGCCCGACUUGCCUUUUCUUACGCUCCAUCCACAGCAACAGCUGAUGUGGAUAUUAUUUUAUCUAUACCAAUGUUCUUAAGACUAUAUCUUAUUGCCAGAGUUAUGCUUUUGCAUAGCAAACUUUUCACUGAUGCCUCAUCUAGAAGCAUUGGAGCAUUAAAUAAGAUAAACUUCAAUACUCGUUUUGUUAUGAAGACUCUAAUGACAAUAUGUCCAGGAACUGUACUGUUGGUUUUUAGUAUCUCAUUGUGGAUAAUUGCUGCAUGGACUGUCCGAGCUUGUGAAAGGUACCAUGACCAGCAGGAUGUUACUAGUAACUUCCUUGGAGCCAUGUGGUUGAUUUCAAUAACUUUUUUAUCCAUUGGAUAUGGUGACAUGGUACCUAAUACGUACUGUGGGAAAGGAGUCUGUUUACUCACUGGAAUCAUGGGUGCUGGGUGCACUGCACUGGUGGUAGCUGUGGUGGCAAGGAAGUUAGAACUUACCAAAGCUGAAAAACAUGUGCAUAAUUUCAUGAUGGACACCCAGCUAACUAAAAGAGUGAAAAAUGCAGCUGCCAAUGUACUCAGGGAAACAUGGUUAAUUUAUAAAAACACAAAGCUGGUUAAAAAGAUAGACCAUGCAAAAGUAAGGAAACAUCAACGCAAAUUCUUGCAAGCUAUUCAUCAAUUAAGAAGUGUAAAAAUGGAACAAAGGAAGCUGAAUGAUCAAGCCAACACUUUGGUGGACCUGGCAAAGACUCAAAACAUCAUGUAUGACAUGAUCUCUGACUUAAAUGAAAGAAGUGAAGAUUUUGAGAAGAGAAUUGUUACUCUGGAAACUAAACUGGAAACUUUAAUUGGUAGUAUUCAAGCUCUCCCUGGACUGAUUAGCCAGACGAUCAGCCAGCAACACAGGGAUUUCCUCGAGGCUCAGAUACAAAAUUAUGAUAAGCAUGUUACCUACAGUGCUGAGCGGUCACGAUCUUUGUCAAGAAGAAGGAGAUCCUCCUCCACAGCACCACCAACUUCAUCGGAGAGUAGCUAGAAGAUAAUAAGUUAACUGCAAAAUAAAGACUUUUUGCCAUCAUAUGGUCAAUAUUUUAGCUUUUAUUGUAAAGCCCUAUGGUUCUAACCAGUGUUAUCUGGGUUCUGAUGUCAGAGUCCUGGAAACCUGAACACAAUGUUUUAGGCCAAAAUGAGUGAAAACUCUGUUUUUUUUUUCUUUUUUUCCCCCUCCUCCUCUCAGAUGCACAGUGAAUGCACCUAUUAUUGCUAUAUUACAUUGUUCCUCCUGUAAUUUCACUUAACUUUUUAUUCAUGCAUUUCAAACAGAUUUACUUACUAGAAUAUAUAGUAUAAUGAAGUAUUUAAUUUCUGCACAUUGUUUCUUGAUUACUUGAACUUUAACAGUUUUUAAAAAAAAACCUCACAAUCACAAAGUCUAGUUAUAAACCUUUAAGAAACAAAAUUGAAGCUUAAUCAUUAUCCCUCAGAAGGAAUACUGAUUCUCUAAACUUUGCUUGCAGUGGAGGGGGAAAAAAAUCUGUGUUAAUCUAACAGUGUGCUGAAUAAUGUAUAGUCAUUUUAAAAGGUCAACAACAGCUUCAAUUUCAAAGGGGAUUAAUUAAAAAUAUAGUUUAUCCUAGAAAAUGAA